GAAUAAUAAAGACCCACUUAGACUCCUUCGAAUGGAAGGUCCUGACUGCUUAUGAAGUCGUGAAGCACGUCUGGAAACCCAUGGAAACUCUGUAACAAGUUUAGAUUCCUCACUUUUUCAUCUUAACUUGCUAGAGGGUUAGACGCAACAGACAAAGAUGACACGUACCCGAACACCAUCACUCUUCUCUCUGCUCCUCAGGGCUCACCAUUGAGAGAAAGGAGAUACCACAACAACAAUGUGAGCAGAGACAAAACGACCCCGCUUUCAGUGCCGGUAGGCUAAAGAUUCCGGAUCCCACCGAAGAGGCUUCAACCACAUCAUCCCUGAAAUCGACCUCUGUAAAUACGAGCUGACUGACCUCCCUGGCAGCUAUGUUGGGGACUGAUACAGAGGCUCAGGACAUGGAGCGGUUCUUCUUCACCAGAAAGUAUUACAAGUACAACAAAAGCUCUCGCUCGAAUCGGAGCACGAAGAAGGGAUACUGGAAAAUCACAGGCAAAGAGCGUGGGAACAAGAGGACAUUGACUUUUUACCAGGAUCGUGUGCCGAAAUCGAACAAGACCAGCUGGGUCAUUCAUGAGUACUAUCUUCCUGGAAAUGGAGUUAUUUCGUAUCUGAAGCAGGCCCAGGGCGACUUUGUUAUCUGUCACUUGAUGAUUAAAUCAGAUAAGAAGGAUUCUUCGCUCAGUAACGAAGGAGAACCCGGUAGCGCGGGUGUGUCGAAUUGUGAAAAUCAAGCUGCUGAUGAAAUGAAUCAAGAGGCACAGGGAAGAGAGGAGUUGCUAUUCCAUCAACCUCAGCCUCAGGAUGAACGCUGCUCUUCAGCACUGCGGUCACUGGCAUCCCAAGAGCUGGAAGCUGUUCUGCAAACCAAUAGCACUAAUGAUGAUUGUAGUGAGUUGCAGUCACCAUUUGUGGAUGGUGAUUCUUGUCUUCUAGACGGGAAUGAAGUUUCAACCUGUGAUGAAUAUGAGACUCUGUAUGAUGUGUUUCCACAGCUAUGUGAUCCGCCAGAAGAAAAUCUGGAUUCACAUGCACUUACAUCCACCUCAGCAACAAGAUUACUGCCCCUCCAUACUGCAGUCACCAAUAUACAUAAAGCUGGGAAAUGUUCCACAUCCGCUUCAGCCGUAGGAUUACCAGCCCUCAAUAUUGCAGUCACCAAUAUACACAAAGUUGGGAAAUGUUUCAGAUGCCAAUCUUUAUUGAUAGGCCUCUGAAGGAAUUGAAGAUGAAGCUUUUCAAAGAUGAGAUAUCAAUGCUUGGUGACUCUUGAUACACUGUCUUUACCCAUUUCUUCUAUCAAGUCAUGCAUCCAAAUCUUAUCUCUUUCUGUUCCAUCCACCCGACUCUUAUUUCUCUUUCUGCAUUUGUGAAAAUCAAGCUGCUGAUGAAAUGGAUCAAGAGGUAAGAACGAACUUGUUCUUUGUCUUGAUAUGUAGCACGAGAAGCAUAACAAAUUAUGGUCUUGCUUGCUUAUAGUUUUGAAUCCUGAUUUUAUACUCAGGUACAGGGAAGAGAGGAGUUGCUAUUCCAUCAACCUCAGCCUCAGGAUGACCGCUGCUCUUCAGCACUGCGGUCAUGGGCAUCCCAAGAGCUGGAAGCUGUUCUGCAAACCAAUAGCACUAAUGAUGAUUGUAGUGAGUUGCAAUCACCAUUUGGAGAUGGUGAUUCUUGUCUUCUAGACGGGAAUGAAGUUUCAACCUGUGAUGAAUAUGAGACUGUGUAUGAUGUGUUUCCACAGUUCAGCUAUGUGAUCCGCCGGAAGAAAAUCUGGAUUCACUCUUACGUCCACCUCAACAACAAGAUUACCGCCUCUCCAUACUGUAGUCACCAAUAUACAUAAAGCUGGGAAAUGUUCCGUAUCCGCUUCAGCCGUAGGAUUACCAGCCCUCAAUAUUGCAGUUACCAAUAUACACAAAGUUGGGAAAUGUUUCAGAUGCCAAUCUCUAUUGAUAGGCCUUGGAAGGAAUUGAAGAUGAAGCUUUUCAAAGAUGAGAUAUCAAUGCUUGGUGACUCUUGAUACACUGUCUUUACCCAUUUCUUCUAUCAAAGCCAUGCAGCCAAAUUUUAUCUCUUUCUGUUCCAUCCACCCGAGUCUUAUUUCUGUCAAUUCUUAUUAAGGCCUUUUCUUGGAGUUGUUUAAUUAAUACCGGGAAAUAGGUUAUGUAUCAGCUUUGUUUGAUUAUGAGAUUGGUUUGGGAUCCCCUGGAGUUAUGCUACGAUGUUGAGAAUGGGCUGUUAUGAAUUGCCCACUGCAAGAUUUCCAGUUAAAUUUUCGAUGAAAGGUUAUCCAACGUGACUUCUCCUUGCCACAGUAAUGUCUCCACAGUAUUCCAAUUCAAGAAAACAACCCCACUACUUUACACGUUACAUUUGAUACCGAAAAUCCGAAAUUGGCAUCAACAAUAAGGAUUGGAAGAUUCAUACUGAAUAAAACUUUUAUCCACUAAGAUGAGACUCUAGAAAUUCCCAACAAAAAUUUCUCCAAUUUUUUUGGCCAAUGUUCCUGAAUGUUCCCAGUCUCAAAUGGAUAAACAAAGGCCCAUGCCACCAAAGGCUGAACUUAUAGGAGCGGGUAAAGAUAAAUGAGAUUCCCUUAAAAGGACAAAGAAAAUGUAAAAAUUAACGCGUGUUUGGUCGUUACUCGUCACUGGUGGGUUCCCACUCAUGAUGCAUCAUGCAUGCAUGUCAUUCCAUACAUACAGUUGAACUUGCUUCCGAAGCUCAGGACUUUCAGCUCAAAGAGCACUUGACAUUAUAUAUACCACCUCACUCUUUCCUCUGCACUUCAGAGCAAAAACAACAUUGAUCAAAAUCAACUAUUCAAAGUGAAAGAGAUGAGCUGCGGCGGCUUCACAGUUCCGAAGGGAUACCGAUUCCAUCCCUCCGACCAGGAGCUGCUUAGUCACUACUUGGAGGAGAAGAAUCAGUGCAAGGACUCCCAGAUCACUACCAUCAUCCCUGAAAUCGAUGUGUGCAAGCACGAGCCUCGCGAGUUACCAGAACUGGCGUUCACAGGGGCGGAAAGUCUGGGCAGGAAAUUUUUCUUUUUCUUCUUCUUUUGGUUUGCAAGGGAAGUGUCUAGGGACAAUCAAGGAAAGUGGUACUUCUUCACUCCGCGUGAUUACAAGUACAAUAACAGCACUCGCUCCAACAGGACUACAGGGGAAGGGUUUUGGAAGAUCACAGGCAAGGACCGUGCAAUCAAGGCCCCCGGCUCCAAAGCUGUGAUUGGGAGAAAGAGGACCUUGACCUUCUACAAACGUGGAGUACCGAAAUCCCAGAAGACCAGCUGGGUUAUUCAUGAGUAUUAUCUCAUUCAGGCACAUUCUGAUCCUCCUAAGCAGAUAGGGGACUUUGUUGUCUGCUGCUUGAAGUACAAGUCAGACAACUCUGAUUAUGAUAAGGAUGCCCCAUUCUGCGAUCGAGGUAGCAGUAGCUGCAGUAUGGCCUCCAAUGUUGAAAAUCAAGCAAAAGAAAACUGGGCAUCGGAAGAGCUGGUAAAUGUUGUUCCAAUUCCCAGUGGAAAUGAUGAUGAAACUGGUGGUGGUAUGAUUACAGAAGAAGAGGAAUACCUGACUUUAGAGGAGGUGGAAGAAAUUCUUCACAAUCCCAUUGGCAAUCCGCAUGAAUUUGAAGGCACGCAAACUGAUCCUUGUCGUAUAGAUAAGAAUGAUCCUUCAACCGCUGUUGAACGCCAACCUGAUAGAAGCAAUUCAUCUGAUAUGAUUGAAGAGCUACUAGAUGACCCAGAAAAUCUGGAUUCACUCUUUCAUCCUCCUGCACCACCUCAACUGCAUCAGUCACCGAUGCAUACCACCAAUAUCCAUAAUGAUGAAUGUCGUAAGAGGACAUAUCCAUUUGAGGAUAAUGACCCUUCUCUUACGAAGAAGAAUAAUAUCUCAACCAAUGAUAACGACGAAUUAGUUAGCAACAUCGCAUCUAGUUCUGAAAAUCAAGCCGCAAAUAUGAUUCCAGAGGGAUAUUCUCAACUAGGAGCAAAUCUGGGAUCAGAAUUUGAUUCAUUUCUGCCAAAGGAUUACGAUUAUACAUUACCAUCAAUAAACGGAGGACCGAGAGAUUUUUCCCAUGACAAUAAUUUCAUUGAGUUGGAUGAUUUACUAUCUUCAUACGAAGGUAUUGACUCUUCUCUCGCACAGUUCCUACAUACAGUUAUUGAUGGAGGUAGAGGAGUAACCAGUGACAGAAACACCGAAGUAGUACAUGGAUCGGUAAACGAUUAUUCUGCAUUAGCCAUUGGAGCAACGCUCCAGCGUAGCUGAUCAACCUUUAUUUAUAGGAGAAUAUCAAAGGAGGUCUCAGUAAUAAUGUGUCUCUAACUUACAUUAUUACAGUCAGUGAUAUUCUCCUACAAAUGAUUCAAAGAUCUCCAGGUUAUAUGAAAUGCUCAUCAGCUGUGUUGAUUGGCAUACAAUCGCAGCUUUUCUGCAUUUCUUGUCUGGAGGCUUUGGAAACUUCUUAAUCGUUUUGGCAUUCAAUUACAACUCAAGACAGCUGCAACUAGUCUAUACCUGUUUCUCUUUUCUUUUUCUUUUGGGAGUGGGGGAGGCAUUGCUGGUGUCACAGCAUCCCCCAGUGAACUUUUGGUUGAAAGUGAGACCGGCGAAUGCAUAUGGUUCAAAUGCCAUCCGGAAGUCUACCCUUCACUGAUUGUGACGAGUCCAGGCAAAUAAAGGUGUCUCUUCUCAUAAGCAGUUCCUUGGAGGUGGAGCUUCCUCUGUCAACGUUACUACCUAUAUUCAUUCCUCAGAUCAUCUUGUCAAUAUAAGUACCAAUAUUCCUUCCUCUGAUCAAACAUCGUGUCAACCGAAGUACCAAUAUUUGUUCCUCAUAUCCAUGGUUUUCAAAUGUCCUAAAAUCAAAGGACAUAACUAUCCACAUCCCUUUCUUCAGAUCCCCAAUAGUGAAUCCCCAGGAUCACCAAUAGUUGUUCAUUAAACAAAUAGUCGGCAAUUAGUAUGUCCUUAAGAUCAAAGGACAUACGCAAAACAUCAAUAUCAUCCAAUAUCCAGUCAUUGAGUCAAACAGGGGAGGUGCUCCUAGAAGAAUCCGACUGCAGAGCAGCAUCACAAGCCAAGGUAGUGAAGCUGCAGAGGCAUUAUACUGCUGUUUAUCUGCUCCAGAAGAAACUGAAAGUCCUGGAAGCAGACACCAGUUCAAAGCUGGCAGCAAUAUAAAGCUGGCAGCCAACAGUUCUAGCCUAAGAGGCCACUAUGGGCAACACAACUUCUGUAUAGUCGCUAUCAGGAAGCAGUAUUGCAAAAGAAACCUGCUGCUAAAUGGUUGCUGGAGUCUUAAAGAUAUAUUAGUAAUAAUCAGACAACAGUAUUCUGUCCGGUUACAAUCAUUUCCAAGAUGUAUGAAUACAAUUAAAGGUCAUAGAGAGGCCUUCAGACCAUAAGUCCGAACACCUCAUGCCUAAAACCAAAUAUUGUAUCACUCAUCAUAUCACUCUUGUUUGUAUUACACUAUUACCCUAAUAUUCUUGUAGAUGAUGUUCAUUAUGAAGCUUUAAUGUUUAAUGGAAUUUUGUGUAUAUUA